ACUAUUCUGAGGUCCGAAGACUAGCUAUGUUUGAUUUAGGUCAGGGGUGGCGUGAAUUGGCGUAGUCUAUCUGCACGUGCAUUCGCGGAGGACUCGCGUACCCAUAAACAAAAUCUUGUCAUGUCUCUGACGCGGUCCACGAUCCUCACCAACAAUCCCUCUGAUCGAUUAAUCAUAUCACUUUUUGGACCAGUUCUCACCGUGUGCACCUGAUAGACCUCCACUUUUGAUUUGCAGUCAUCAUCUACUCCGAGGGGACGUGUUGAAGAUGUCAAAACUUCCGCCUAUCAAUCGCCAGGCCUUGGGUCAACGUGACUCAAACGUUCAAUUACCUCCUCUUUCCUCUCUUAGCGAAUUAGCAAAGAAGCCGACAGACUCUUUACGGACCCGCCCAUCUUACCUCGGGACAAUUCUCAACACAGAACCACGAACAGACCCCAAUUCAAACGCGGUACCUCAAGGCGCCAUGGGGCGCCCUGGAUAUGCAGUCUCAAUACAGGAUAUCAAUGGGCUACAGCGGAAACGCCCCGCAUCUACAGACCUUGCUUCAGUAGAUGCGGAUUCCGACGAUGUGGACUUCACCAUGGGUCCGGUACUGAAUUGCAACCAAGUCCGUGCUAGGAUCAAUAACUUCCUUGAUUCUGGGGAAAUGAAGGUUGGGGAGUUUCAAAAAGCUAUCAACGUCAGCGGUCCGUCCUAUCGCAACUUUAUGGGACAGAAUGGACCAUACAAGGGUGCAAACUCUGAAUGCUACCACUCAGCAUGGAAAUUCUUCAGGUUAAGAGAGCUCAGGGGCAUUCCGAUGCCGAGAAAGAAGCAAAAGGUUGUCACAGCUGCAGGGGAACCUGCACCAGCCCCGUCAAAGGCCGAAGAAAGGGCCCAGAAUGCAAAAGCUGUCCAACUGCCUGGGGAGUUGGAGGAUAAAGUGCCGGUUUAUGAUACCUGCGAUGAAAUACGGCGCAAGAUCGGCGCGCACCUCCGAUCAGAAGGCAUUACGCAAGCACAGUUCCUCAGAGAUCUGAUGGCCCAGUAUCACACCGAGACCCGCAAGAUUCAAUCAAAACAACUGACCGACUUCCGGAGCAAAAAGGGACCUAAUUCGGGGAAUACAAGUUGCAUUUACUACGCUUCGUACUGCCUCUUUGAAAAGAUUCGUAUUGCAGAAAAGAAGCCGAAGAGUAAGGAUAGGGUAUACAUGGAAACUAAGUACCCUGGAGGCGUUGAUACGAUUCGACCUGCCGGAAGGUCCUAUUUUUGUCCACAGGGCACUGUCCCGGUCCAAGAUAAAUAUGGAAAGGUCACCAUAGUUCCAAGCGGACGCCGUUAGGGGUAGGAGCAACGCCCCUCAUCCCUCUAUGUGACUGUGUAUUCCUUUCUUGUAAUGCUUUAAAUAAUCGUGUACCACUUUGC